ACGUCUAAGGCUGCCGAGGACCAGACGGAGGGAUGCUGUGAGGAUUUUGGCUAUGCCCUAGGUAGGGUUCCUAACAGCAAAGGCCUAAUCCUGCACAUAAACUCUCAUGUCAGCCUCCAGGGUAUCUCUGUUAUUAAAAACAUCCCCAUGCGUGUGUUUUGAGGACAUUGCUGUGCCUGGACGUGUUGCGCAAGAUUUUCACUUGCAAACAAACACAGUAGUACCCAAGUUAUGGAAAACAUCCAUAUCAGUCGAAACACUAAAGAGUACUGAAACACUACAGGUCACGUGACCGUUUAACAUAAGAGUAGCCACAAUUGGGUAAAUAAAGAUAUCAAAUAUAGGCUAUCAAAACGCAUUGGUUUUAAGAUUCAUUCCCAGGAUGCUAUUAAUCCCAGACUUGAUUUGACAGCUGACAUUAUUUGGCUUAUUCGCAAAUUGUUAAGCUUUUGAAAAACAAAACUCACAAAAGCAUGCUUUCCAUUCGGAAUCCAGUACACAGCAGAAAGAACCCGGCUAUAAGAGAGCUGAAAAGGCUCCUCUCGACCGGCGCAAUGUUGGAAUAAACCCAAGCCGGUGUAAGAGAGGGCUAGGAGCGAAAGAAAACAACCCCAGAAUCCAGUGCGUCUUUUUUUUUUUUUUUUUUUUGCUCUCCGAGUUCCUCGAAACUGCGCGUUUUUGGCCGCGAUCCGAAAGCGCGCUCAGACUCCAAGCUGCAGUUUCCUCGGCCGGCCAUGGCUCGGUGCUGUUGGCUCUCUCACUCGCUGUGUGUGUGUGUGCGUGUUGCUGAAGCCCAGGCUGCGCGGAGCUCCCUGCGGGAUCGGAGCGCUCCCCCGCCGGGACCCUACUCUCACAUCCUCCCUGCUGGGACACGGGGCUACAUUUCCAGCCAAGCCUGCGCUUUAUUAUGUGUGUCUGCGCCGCAGCCCCGCCAGCAUUCGGAUCGGGAGGCGGAGGGAAGACCAGAGUCAGGACAAAGAAGAAAAGGGAGAGAGCGAGGCUAUAGCGGUUAACGUUUACAGCUCUUUUUAAGGGGGCAUUAAUAUAUACAUAUAUAUAUAUAUAUAUAUUUUUGAACAAGAACGUAUUAAUCCCUACAGAUGAGAGAAAAAAAAAAGAUGCCUAAAACGGCGCCCUAAAAAUAAAGAGGGCGGUUCAGUUCAGUGUUUUGCUGGAUCAGAGGACAAGAAAGACGGACAAAACUGGACAAAACGGAACCUUUAAGCGGAGCGCGCGGGAUAAGAAAAAGAACACAAUUGCACUGUUCGUUUAAAAGGCGUUUACGCGUUCACAGGACGCACCGGCACCUUUCUCGAGACCAUCACAUUCCCGUAACGCUUUGAUUGCUUGUUAUUUUUUAAUUUUUUUUUUGGUUGUUGUUGUUUUGUUUUUUUGGUUGUUGUUGUUGGACACAGCAUCCUUUUCUUCUUGUUCUUCUUUUGAAAAACUCCUCUCACUCGCCUGUGCGCACGGAGUGUUAAAGCCGCAGCGCGAGGAUCCGCUCCUGUAAUCUACAGGUUGAAACCGGGCGCGCGAAGUUGCUCAAGCGCCGGAAUAUCCACUCGCCAUUACUCUCGGCUCGUUCCCUCGGAGUGCCGCUGCUGGUCUGGCUUGACACACACACGCACACACACGCACACACACACACACACAGAAAGAGAGAGAGAGAGAGAGAGAGAGAGAGAGAGAGAAGUAGCCGCAUUGCAACAGGCAACAGGGACCAAAAAAAGUGCGAGCCUGUAGCCUAUGACUGUUUGCAAGAAAGGACAAGAAGUCGAUAGAAGCAGAAGCACACCGACUCAGAGAUGUCCAGGCGCAAGCAGGCCAAACCGCGCUCCGUUAAAGCAGUGGAAGAGGCAGACUCGGCUGAAUGUGCAGGAAGUUGGGACUCCUCGGCUCCAGCAGCAGCCGUGCCUGAACGAGACUCUGACGGGAAAGAGCGGACCGGUGGCGAAGACGGCGAGCACAGUGUGACCAGCCACGACGAGCGAGCGGGAGAGGAGGAUCUGGACGACGAGUCCAUCUUCACUUGUGAUAACUGCCAACAGGACUUUGAGUGCCUGGCUGACCUGACGGAGCACCGGACUAACCACUGUCCUGCAGAUGGUGACGAUGACCCAGGGCUCUCCUGGGUGGCGUCCUCUCCCUCCAGCAAAGACGUGGCAUCGCCAUCACAGAUGCUAGGGGAUGGCUGCUGCGAUCUGGGCAUGGGGGAGGAGGAAGGAGGUUCUGGCCUUCCUUAUCCCUGCCAGUUCUGCGAUAAGUCCUUCAGCCGUCUCAGCUACCUGAAGCGCCAUGAACAGAUUCACAGCGACAAGCUGCCCUUUAAGUGCACCUUCUGCAGUCGGCUGUUCAAACACAAGCGCAGCCGUGACCGUCAUGUCAAGCUGCACACCGGUGACAAGAAGUACAGCUGCCAGGAGUGUGAAGCUGCCUUUUCACGUAGUGAUCACCUUAAGAUCCACCUGAAGACACAUAGUUCCAGCAAGCCCUUUAAGUGCAGCAUUUGCAAGCGGGGCUUCUCCUCCACAUCCUCACUUCAGAGCCACAUGCAGGCUCAUAGGAAAAACAAGGAACAUAUGGCAAAAAAAGACCAGGUCAAGCGUGAGGGGUCCACGGGUGAUGCAGCUGACCAAGACCAGGACCUAUACAUGUGUGAUUACUGUGAGGAGACUUUCAGCCAAACAGAUGAGUUAGAGAAGCAUGUACUAACACGCCACCCUCAGCUUUCAGACCGUGCUGAACUACAGUGCAUCCACUGUCCAGAGAUUUUUAGUGAUGAAGGCACCUUGCUCACCCAUAUUGAUCGAACACAUGCCAACAAGAAACACAAGUGCCCCAUGUGUGCAGAGCAGUUUACAUCUGUAGAAGAUGUCUACUGCCACCUGGACAGCCACCGGCAGCCUGACUCCAGCAACCACAGUGCCAGUCCUGAUCCGGUUCUGGGCAGUGUAGCAUCCAUGAGCAGUGCCACUCCUGAUUCCAGUGCCUCACUUGAAAGAGGAUCCACUCCAGAUUCAACCCUCAAGCCUGCGCAGGGAAGACGCAAAUUAGUCCCAUCCUCUGACCAUGAUGAGGGAGGCUGGUCAGGAAAGGUGACAUAUAGUUGCCCUUAUUGCUCCAAGAGAGAUUUCAACAGCCUGGCUGUUCUGGAGAUUCACCUGAAGACUAUUCAUGCAGACAAACCUCAGCAAAGCCACACCUGUCAACUGUGUCUGGACACCCUGCCAACUCUGUACAAUCUGAAUGAGCAUGUACGGAAAGCACAUCGAUCCAGUGGGGGAUCCGCAUCCAAUUUUCCCCUUCUGCAAUUCAGUAAUGUUUCUGCCUUUCACUGCAACUACUGUCCAGACAUGUUUGCUGAUAUCAAUAGCCUGCAAGAGCACAUCCGUGUUUCUCACUGCUUGCCGAGUGGUGUAGUCGCUGGCUCUACCACUCUAGAGGGCAACCAUGCCUUCUUCUGUAAUCAGUGCUCCAUGGGGUUCCUUACAGAAUCAUCGCUUACUGAACACAUCCAGCAGACUCACUGCAACAAUGCAAGUGGUGUGACCAAGAUGGAGUCUCCUGUACUGCAGCCAUCACAGUCCUUCAUGGAAGUGUAUUCUUGCCCCUAUUGCACCAAUUCUCCCAUCUUUGGUUCCCUACUCAAGCUCACUAAACAUAUCAAGGAGAACCACAAAAACAUCCCACUGGCCAACAACAAGCGCAAAGUCAAAGUGGCAGACCUGAGUCCUGCUUCUUCUGAUGUGGAAAUCUCCUCUCCAAAACGCCACAGAGUGGCUGGUGAUUCUGCUCCUGCAGGUGCUAAUGGGGACUAUCCCUGCAACCAGUGUGACCUUCGCUUCACUAGCUUUGAAAGCUUCCAGGCCCACCUUAAGUCCCACCUGGAACUACUGCUGAGGAGACAGUCCUGUCCUCAGUGCAACAAAGAGGACUUUGACUCUCAGGAGUCGCUGCUACAGCACUUGACCAUACACUACACCACCACCUCCACACAGUAUGUCUGUGAGAGCUGUGAUAAACAGUUCUCUUCUGUUGAUGAUUUGCAAAAGCACUUGCUGGACAUGCACACUUUUGUGCUGUACCACUGCACAUUGUGUCAGGAGGUAUUUGACUCCAAGGUCUCCAUCCAAGUCCACCUGGCUGUCAAACACAGCAAUGAGAAGAAAAUGUACCGCUGCACAGCAUGUGCAUGGGACUUUCGCAAGGAGAGCGAUCUGCAGAUGCAUGUGAAGCACAGUCACCUAAGUCAACCCACUGGGCCAGGUGUUGCCAGCAAAGCUCGCAAGUGUAUAUUCUGUGGGGAGAGUUUUGGUACAGAGGUUGAGCUCCAGUGCCACAUCACUACACACAGUAAAAAAUUUAACUGCCGCAUCUGUGGGAAGGCCUUCCAUGCUAUUGUCCUUCUGGAGAGACAUCUCAGAGAGAAGCACUGCAUGUUUGAUGGAGGAAAUGGCAAUGGAAAUGGAGGAAGUCAGAAUGGAACUCCAAAUGGGGUGAGUCAAAGCUCUAAGCGUGGAGGAGGAGGUUCAACUGCAGCGGCAGAACAGGCUGACUUGCAAAACAUGCUCCUAAAGGGAGGGGCUCAGGAAACUGCAAACAGUCAUGAAGCCAGUGGAGGAGAGGAAGAACUAGAUGCCUCAGAGCCAAUGUAUGCUUGUGACAUCUGUGGUGCAGCAUACACUAUGGAGUCCCUACUCCAAAACCAUCGACUGCGGGAUCACAAUAUAAGACCCGGUGAGGACGACGCAGGGUCCCGCAAAAAGAAGGCUGACUUCAUCAAGGGUAACCACAAGUGUAACGUCUGCUCAAGAACCUUUUUUUCUGAGAACGGCUUGAGAGAACAUGCCCAAACUCACCGUGGGCCAGCCAAGCACUACAUGUGCCCCAUCUGUGGAGAACGCUUCCCCUCUCUACUCACACUCACAGAGCACAAAGUCACCCACAGCAAGAGCCUGGACACAGGUACCUGCCGCAUCUGCAAGAUGCCCCUCCAAAGUGAGGAGGAGUUUAUUGAACACUGCCAGAUGCAUCCUGACCUGAGGAACUCCCUGACAGGUUUCCGCUGUGUGGUGUGCAUGCAGACAGUCACUUCCACUUUGGAGCUGAAGAUUCAUGGCACAUUCCACAUGCAGAAGCUGUCCUCAUCAGGUGGCAGUGGUGGGGGAGGAGGUUCAGCCUCAUCAUCCCCCAAUGGCCAGCUGCAGGCUCACAAGUUAUAUAAGUGUGCCCUCUGUCUGAAAGAGUUCAAGAACAAGCAGGAGCUAGUCAAGUUGGAUGUCAAUGGCCUGCCUUUUGGGCUGUGUGCUGGCUGCAUGAAUCGAGGCACCAAUGGUCAGUCACCCAGCGGCGUUGUUACUCCUCAAGAGCCAGCGGAGAAAGGUGCUUCUGGACUACGCUGCCCUGAGUGUGCUGUGAAGUUUGAGACCUUGGAGGAUCUGGAAAGCCAUGUUCAGGUAGACCAUCCUGACAUGAGCCCAGAAACCAGUGCGGCUAAAAAAGCAGCAGAGGCCUCACCUGUUCCUAAAAAGAAAACAUAUCAAUGUAUCAAAUGCCAAAUGACCUUUGAAACAGAACGUGAGAUCCAGAUCCACGUGGCCAAUCAUAUGAUUGAGGAAGGCAUCAAUCACGAGUGCAAGCUGUGUAACCAGAUGUUUGACUCUCCAGCCAAACUCUUAUGCCACCUGAUCGAGCACAGCUUCGAGGGCAUGGGCGGCACCUUCAAGUGCCCCGUCUGCUUCACAGUGUUCGUCCAGGCCAAUAAGUUGCAGCAGCAUAUCUUCGCCGUGCACGGGCAGGAAGACAAGAUCUAUGAUUGCUCACAGUGUCCGCAGAAGUUCUUCUUCCAGACUGAGCUGCAGAACCACACACUGAGCCAGCACGCGCAGUGAGCCCGAGCCCCGCAGGACUCCCGGUUCAGCCCGGAACCCCAACCCAGGCCCGGUGGGGGACGCCCAUUUCAACAUCACAGCCAAUCAAAGUGUCAUUUGCUACUCACAUGUAAAACUCUAACGAUUCCGCCACCAGGCGCAGCUAUUACGAACGGUGGGGAACGAAUAUUAAUGGGAUAUGCUAUUAAAAAAAAGAAAAGGAGAAGGGGGAGGAAAUGAAGGAGAAGAGAAAAAGGUAUUCUACGUGCAGUAUUUUCUAUCGUCCCUGCUUCCCAUUUGUGCAUUUUAAAAUUUUUUUUUUUUUGGAACAAAAGAGAAAAUGGAAAAAAAGAAAUUCCAUCUGUCUAUGAUUUUAGUCUCUAGAAAUGCUUCACUUACCAUGUCCUCUGUUGCUUAUUGUAUACAACUUCAUUGGUGCCAUUUUUUUUUCCUUUAAUGCAUUUCUUUAUUUUCCACCUCUUGGUUUUUGUACCUUUUAUUUCUUGCAGUAAAUAGGUACUUGUGCUGUGUUGUGAAUGCUUGCCAGUCGUAAUCUUUUUUUUUCUCCUUUCUAUUAUUAUUGUUAUAUAUAUUUUCUUUUUUUUCUAAUUACAGUAAAAAAAAGACAAAAAACAUCAGUUGACAAAAACAUAAUGGUUUUGAUGGAAUUUUGCAGUUCAUGGGCCUUAUGGUUGUUGUAAAAAUGAAUAUCAUUGAUUUUCAGUUCAACUGGAUGAUGUCUGCUUUUUAAAUGUGAAUUAACCAGAUUGCAAUAAAACUAGUACAGUUGAAAAUAAACAAAUAAAUGAAUCAUGAAUAAAGGGAAUAUGUGCGUCUUGUGUGUCUUUUCACAAACCACAGAACAGAUUCGACACUGCAGCUCUGCAGUGUAAUGCCUCGGCUGCUCUCUCCUCGAGGGUUGCUUCUGUUCUCAUCUCCAAGCUCCCAAUCUCUUCUGCUUUCUCUUUUCUCACUUAGACACUUUAGAGUCUUAUAUAGUUCACGC